UUUGCACGUUCUAAGGAUAAAAGAUAUUUAAAUUUAGAAUCCCUUCCUUUGCCCUUGCAGUUCUUUUUUCUUUUAUACGGCGUGGCUUGCAAAUUUCUCCAGUCAGUAACGCGCGCGAUUUAGCUGCUAGUGAUAUUCCUUAACUUUCGAGUGUCAUUAUGUACAGACAAAGUACGAGUACACAUUAUACCGUAAACGAUGACGUUUAUGGAAAAAUAUUGAAAUCUCCUUCGAAUACUAAAAAUACAAGCACGCAUUAUACUGUCAAUGAUGAUGUGUAUGGAAAAAUAUUGAAGCCCAACCCAAUUCCGAAGCCACCUAGGGUGUUUUCUGAUUAUGAAGAUAUUUAUGAAUCUGUUGAUGUUAAGAAGACUCUAAAUUCGGAUUAUGAAGAUGUCUAUGAGUAUGUCCAAGCUAGAGAGAAGACUGCACAAUUUAAACCAACUAUUCAUGAGACUGUCGAAGAUGCCCUGCUUGCCGACCUCCAGAACUCGAUUAACCCUGGCGGCCGAGUUGGCAGCCCUGGUGCCAGGACUGCCUCCCCUGGCGGCCGCAGUUCUCCAGGCAGAACUGCCUCCCCUGGCCGAAUUUCCCCUGGACGCCUAAGUUCCCCUGGAGGCAGCCUCAGCUCCCCGACGUCUACGGGAUAUGGGUCUAUAAAUGGAUCGAGGAAUAUUAGCUCGGAUUAUCACAAGCCUGCGUCUCCAACGUACCAGAACACAAGUUCAGUGCACGAGAAAGUGAUACCAGUGAAAUACAACAGCAGCCAGUACGGCAAUCAGGCCGGUUACGGCUCGCAGUCAGCCGGAUACGGCAGGACCCAGCGGGGGAACCUUUCGGAGCUGGACACGCUUCUGGAUGACCUGAGCAACGCUAGAUACGGCAGUUAUGACAAGAACUACGCCGACAGGAAUGGUGCUGGCGAUGGAUAUGCCAGAACGAAUGGUGCUACCAGCCCAGCAUCUUCGAGACCCACAGUGGACUCCCUGCUGGACCAGCUCAGCGCAGACAUACCCAACGGUCGAGCGUCCACAUCCCCCGUGCCCCCGUCCGGAUCGUUACCCCGGCCCGGCACCAAACAGGUCACGGUGACCGUGCAAGAGACGGUGGUGGAACCGGCGCAAGCGCAGCAGCAACCCCCCACCACGGUGGCGCCACAUCGCCCUCACUACCACGCCUCCAAUGCUACCAAGGAGCUUGAUGAUCUGAUGGCGUCACUGUCUGAUUUUAAAGUGAGCGGCGGCGGAGGCGAGGGCGGUACCCACGUUUACCGGGAGAAGCGCGCGUGGCAGGAACACUACCGCAGCAGCCCGCGGCAACCCGAGUCCGCCUCUCUGGAGCACAUGCUCGGAUCCCUCCGCGCAGACAUGAGCCGCCAAGGGGUACAGACCCCCCAGAAGGGGUGCUGCAACGCCUGCGAGAAGCCCAUCGUCGGACAGGUCAUCACCGCGCUGGGUCGGACGUGGCACCCGGAACACUUCACCUGCGCCCACUGCACUCAAGAACUGGGCACGAGGAACUUCUUCGAGAGGGAAGGCAGGCCUUACUGCGAACCCGACUACCACAACCUCUUCUCGCCGAGAUGCGCCUACUGCAACGGACCAAUCCUUGACAAAUGCGUGACGGCGUUGGAGAAGACAUGGCACACAGAGCACUUCUUCUGUGCUCAGUGCGGACAACAGUUCGGUGAGGACGGCUUCCACGAAAGGGACGGAAAGCCGUACUGCCGCGCCGAUUAUUUCGACAUGUUCGCGCCAAAAUGCGGCGGAUGCAACAAACCCAUCAUGGAGAACUACAUCUCGGCGCUAAACACCCAAUGGCACCCGGAUUGCUUCGUUUGCAAGGAGUGCCGCGAGCCUUUCCACGGGGGCUCGUUCUUCGAACACGAGGGGCAGCCCUACUGCGAGACCCACUAUCACGGCAAGAGGGGUUCCCUCUGCGCCGGCUGCCACAAACCCAUCGCCGGCCGCUGUAUCACAGCCAUGUUCAGGAAAUUCCAUCCAGAACACUUCGUUUGCGCCUUCUGCCUCAGGCAACUGAAUAAGGGGACCUUCAAAGAGCAGAACGAUAAACCGUAUUGCCAUACUUGUUUUGAGAAAUUGUUCGGUUAAGUAAGAGAGAUUAAUCAUAGAUGGCGCUGUUUCGGUUUUUAAUAUUCUUAACUGUUGAAAAUUCUACCCACAACACUUCGCCUUCUUCUUCUUCUGCCUCAGGCAAACUGAAUAAGGGGAUCUUCAAAGAGCAGUGAUAUACAGUACUACCAUACUUGCUUUGAGAAACUGUUCGGUUAAGUUCAAAAGAUGGCGCUGUUUCAAUUUUUCAAUCACUUCCGAUAUUCUUUCUACGAAUGAACUCUUAAUUGUCAUGAGACAUUCAUGUAUUUAUUUAAAUGAAGGUUGAAAUAGAAGAACUAUCUGUCAUUUGUACAUGUUCGCGGUUAUAGUCUCUCAUCAACAUAACAACAAAAAUAUAAAGGCAGGUAAAUCAAGAAGUCGGUGCAUACUUUUGAUAACUUUAAGUAUAUUAGUGAUUGUUAAUACAAAUUUCUAGGGAACAGAACAACAUCCCUGGUGUAUUGAAGUCGAAUAGGCAGCAGUAAAUCCAUACUACAUAAUAGUGGUGCUGUAAUGCCUGUUGUAACAGGAUACGCAUCAACAAAUACAUAUUCCAUAGAUUUUUAUACAAUUUGCACAAAAAUUAAAUAGUACAAUAAAAUGUAGCAACACAAUGUAGCGUUAGAUUUUAUUGUAACGUGCCUAAACUUUCCUGGUUAUGUAAUUGAUAAAACUUUAUCGAUAAGACGGACGAUUUGAUUCGAAUAUUUAUUUUUACCACGUUUUUAGUCGGUUUAAAACAUAACAUCUGUUUAAAAACCUUAUGUCUUGGAGUUAAGGAUGGUAACAUAAUGAACAAAUCCUCAUUUAUGGUACAAAUAUUUUUUAAGAUAAACGUUUAUCUAUGAUAAUCGAACAUUACAUCAAACACGAACAAAAAUAAUAAGAAGAUUUGCCAUCAUUGGUUCAAGUCUUUGACAAACACCUAAACGAAUAAAAACGUGGAUGCAAAAAAAAAUUUCUCGGAAUUUAUAUUUAACUUACGAAUGAAACGAUUAGUUAGGCACUAAUUAAAUAUAAUAAAAUUGAUUAGAUUACAGACUAGAUUAGUCAUUUGACUGUCCUAAUCUUUACUAGUGCAUGUGAUGACUAAAUUAUUAAGCCCAGGUCACACAACUAGGCGCUUCACUUGAGGUUUUACUCAACGUAUUUCAGUAGACAUUUCUUACUGUUUGUUAAUUCUAUAAUGUUGAAAACUCACUUUGGCACUAAAAUAGUACAAAAUAUUAAUAAAAAAACACCGUAAGUUUUCCUAAAGCUUUGACAAAAUUGAUCACUAAAACCGAUCAUAAAUCAUUUUGUUAAAAGUCAACAGCAACAGCAGUCAACGCUAAUGGGUUAAACAUAAUGACGUCUCGUUGUUUCUCUUGCUUUGUUUUGCUGUGCUAUGCAGGGCAUAACUGAACUGUAUUUAUUUUGUAACAUACUAUCAUCGACAGUAAAAACUCUAAAUCUAGUCGAAAUAUUUACUUGUUGAACAGGUUAUUGUAAUAUUUUAUGGACAGGGAAUCGGUUAAUCAUUUGUACGAUAUCUCGCUGAACCAAGGGAAUCUCUUACUUGUUUGUCCUGGGCCUAAUUUUCGUUUUACUAAAUUGUUCUAUAUUAGAUAGGAGAUUUUUCUCGAUAAACACGUGAUGUGCAAUUAGAUUAAGUGUCCGAGACAAACGAUUUAGUGUAUAAGAUUAUAUUAUUUAAUGUCAAAUCAUUUUAGUUAUUUUUUUCAUGUAAAGUUAUUUUCUAAUGUUUAUUUUGUAACUAGCAAUUCAAGAUUUAAUAGAAGUACGAGACCUUGAUAAAAAAAGUAACAUAGCAAUCUGGUUGCACAAAUAAUUAAUAUUGAUAUCUUUUCUCAAGCCGCCUUUUAAACAAAAAUAAAAAUGUGUUUUCGUAGCUCCAAAAAUAAAUAUUAAUUAAUUUAUAAAAUAUAACUAGACCGUGUACAAAGUUACGAUUACUCAAUGGCGUUGUUUAGUUUUCAAAUAAUUUCGUCACACAAUCAUUUCAAUAAUGGAAGGAACCAUGAAACUUUAAACAGAUUUAGCCCAUGAAAUAUUUACAUGAAAUUUUUCCCCGUUUUUUUUCACAUAUUCCAUUAUUUUUGCUCCUUAUAGUUAAAGCGUGAUGUUAAAUAGCCUAAAGCCUUCCUCGAUAAAUGGUCUUUUCAACGCAAAAAGAAUUUUUUAAUUCGAACCAGUAAUUCCUGAGAUUAUCGCGUUUAAACAAACAAACUCUUCAGCUUUAUAAUAUUAAAGUAUAGAUAAAUUAUUUUUUCAAUAAGCGGUAACGUUCUGUGGUGCCUCACCUUGACAGGUAAGUUGUAAAUAGUUAAUGGGCUAAGUUAUAUAAGCAAUUUUGUAUGUUUUUAUGUCUGCUUUAAUCCUAGUGGCAAAAUAUGUGGGAUCUUUAUCGUUUCAUAAGGUGCAUUGUCAUUUAUUAUUUUAAUGCCAGUACACCUUUUUUGCAAUCAUACAUUAUUAUGAAUUUUAUUUUUGUAUGCAUCAGUUCGAAUACUUUUCUAGUUAGGUUCUCAAACCUUCCAUUAGUUACGCUACAUUUGGUGCAAUAUCACAUCAAGCUAACUCAUUCAAUGCAAUAUAUAACCUUUUUCCGCGGCAAAGAGAUUAGUAUGACUUAGCUAGACUUGCUGUAGAAUGGGUAUUGUUAUUUUUCAUUAUUAAUUUACGCGUUUAUGUUAUCGCUUCAACUCGUUAAGUGCCAAAUUUUAUCGGCAAUAUUUUAUAGUGUGGCGGCGUUAUCGCCAUGCAUUAUAAAUGUAUUGUGCUAGUUUUUGUAACUUAUCGCCACUAUUUUUUCUUAUUUCUAUAGUAACAGAGCAAAUAAGACCCAGAUAGCGGCGGCCAUUGCACGCCCUGUGUAAGAAACGAAACAAAUUAAAUUAUCAGACACAAAAUAUGGCAAAAUUUACUUUAGUAAUUUAAUUAAAAUUGGGAGUAAAAUUUUGCUUGUUUUUAUUAUUUUCAUAUAACUUGAAACUUGAACAUGUUAAUGCUAUACCUGAGUAACAAUACUUCUUGACAAUGUAAUUAAAACAACAGCUGUUUAAAUUCUAACUAUAAAUAUUGAUUUUAAAUUUCAAUGUAUGUUUAGUUGUUUAUUGGUAUGUCCUUGAUGAAAUGGUGGCAUUAAUAACUUGAACCGAAACCCGAAAUUAUAUAAAGUUAGCCGAUUAUGUAUUAAUCUAAGAGACAUGAUUUUUAUUGAAUCUGUAAUAUUUUAACAAAUAUAUUAAUGUUUUUUUAAAGGA